CAGGAAACUUUGGUCAGGCACCAGAACAGACCUCAGAAGCAUCUGUACAAGCUGUUGAGAUUGUAGUUGUUCUUUAGUGCCUAAAUUGCACACUGCAUGACUUGGUUUACAAUCUUUUAUCUUUAAAUACAGCAUCUACAAUGUCAGUUUUGCUCAUCAUUUGGAUGCUUUGUACUACUCUGGAUUUGUCAGACUCUACUCCUGACGAAUGUGAAGAUGAGAUACAGCGUCUUCGAGUGGAGUUGAAGAGUUUGGAACUUCGCCAGACAAAGCAACAGCAACUUAUUCAACGAUUAAUGAAUCACAACCAGAUGGAUGAACAUUCCCUAAAAGCGGGCUCAUUUUAUGACAUGGGAGACAACCAGUACAUGGACUGUGCUCAGAUCUUCAAAAAUGGAAGCACUCUGAGUGGGUUUUACAUGAUUAAACCACUGCUAAAUCUAACCCGGAUCAGAGUGUACUGCGAUAUGACAGAGGGGGGUGGAUGGACAGUCUUCCAGAGACGCUCAGAUGGCAGUCAGUCAUUUGACAGAGAUUGGAAUGAUUAUAAAAUAGGAUUUGGUGACAUGAAGUCCGCUAAUGGAGAGUUCUGGUUAGGGAAUGAUAAUCUGCAUUAUCUGACAUCUCAAGGUGAGUAA